UCCCUCACUCCUUUCUGGCUGGGCUGGACAUUGGCGGUGAACGUCGAAGAGGAAGCAAGCAACGCCCGCGCUAGUCGAGGAGCGAAAGCGCCCAUCCAUCCCAACCUAGAGAUCUCCUAGAGCUCGGUCACGGUUUACACGCCAUUGCCAACCGGGACCGUGGGAGUCAUCAUGGCGGCGGUGCAGCAAUUGGAGCCUAUGCCGUCGCUGGCACGGCCGCAGAGCCUGAAUGGCAAUCCCUUCGGCAACGACGUUGAUAUGGAGCGCUCAUCGCCACCGAUUCAGCACGGCAUGCCGUUGUGCAGCGAACCAGAACGAGGAGACACCAGGAUCGCCGUCAUCAUUUACGGCCUUGGGCAGGAGAAGAUCGUUGGUGUCUUUGCCGAGGUUUUGGGGAAACCGUUGAGGACCAAGAACCGCUUCGAGGACGUCACCCAACACGAUCAGGACUGGGUCAUCGGGAUCCCGGCGGAGAGCGCAAAGGGCGAUAUUGCGACGCGUGAUAGAGGACUAAUUGUUGCCAUCAACGCCCAUUGCACCGGCCUCGGCAUGCCCCCAGAUGUUUAUCUUUCGGCUCAGUGUGAUUACGAAUUCCUCUACACGGAGACCCCUUUCUUCCGCCGAGAUCUUGCUCGCUUCACCUCACACAUCCUCGGCCAGCUAUGUCACCACAGGGCGCUCAUGGCAAAGCCGAGAACUUUUAUCAUAUCGACCACCUUCCCGGACGUGCAUGCUGCCUUGCCAAACAUCGAUAUCCUGACCGUCGGCGCAGACGCCAUCGAAAUUCGCGUCGACCUCUUGAAGGAGCCCUUAGGCAACGGCACCUUCUCUAAUAUUCCCAGCCUCAGUUAUGUUGGCGAGCAGGUCAUGCUGCUCCGCCAAAGGACAGAGCUUCCCAUCAUCCUCACGACAAGGUGUACUAACGAGAACGGGAGGUUCCCUAUGGAUAAUCCCGGGUUGUACUACGACUACCUCUAUCGAGCACUCCAAUGGGGCGUCGAGUACAUCGAUGUCGAGCUUUGGCUUCCAGAGAGCAUCAGGAAGAAGUUGUAUGAGCAACGAGGAAACAGCCGCAUCAUGUCCGCCUUCCACGACUUCUCGGGGAAUUUCAGGUGGACGUCGGACCGGGCCGAGACCAUAUUUUUGGAAUCACAACGCUAUGCAGACUGCGUGAAGAUGAUCGCCAUCAUCCACGACCAUAACGAAAACUUCGAACUCGAGUACUUCCGGUCCAAGAUCAAGACCAAGUAUCCCGACUCGGUACCCCUAUCUGCCGUCAACAUGGGCGAAACGGGUCAAUUCUCUCGGACACUCAACAAGUUUUUCACACCCAUCACACAUCCUCUCCUACCCAUCAUUGCGGCCCCCGGGCAGAUGAGCGCGGCCGAGAUUAAUCAGGCGCUGGCGUUACUGGGGCAGUUGCCCAGGAAGAACAUGUACGGCAUCACUAGCCCGGCGAUGCGCAGCGCCACGCCCCAAGCCCCUUUCUACGAGAAGUGUUUUAAUGAGCUAGGCCUACCGCAUCAGUUCGCCGUCGUGGAGUGGCAGCCAAAGACGUCUGGUUGUAUCGGAGCAUGGUGCAACCAGAGGAAUUUCGGCGGUGCUUACUUCAACCCCGCUGUCUCGUUCAAGAGCCUAGCGAGUCACAGCAAAUUCCUCGCGUUCCUCAACAACGGGACUGGCCCCACUGUCAGUGAAGCAGCCCGGCUCAUCGGUAUGGUCGACAGCAUCGUCGUACGACCAGCUGCCUCGAGCGCCCCGGCAUCCGCCCCAUCGUCGAUCCCGUCGAGCCCACAACGGCACCACAAGAAUGGGGACUCGUACACCCCCCUAGGCGCGCACCAGUCUGGCCUCCCCCCCAACACCUCUCUUGUCCUCGACAACGCCUCAUGGAAGGGCAUCUUGAGUACCCUGACCCGCGACCUUGCCCCUUCGGCGUACUUCGGAUGCGCCGCCGUCGUGCUCGCGUCCUCUGCCGAAGACGCCGCCAGCGCCCUCUUCGCCCUCAAAGCACUCAAGGUCGGCAAGGUGUACACGGUCGGCUUCAAGACGCCGCCGGCAUUCGGCAAGGACCUCCUCAUCGAACCCUUUACCAGCCUCGAAAGCAUCCAAAGAGCGCGGACGGUCGGCUCGAACGGCGCUGACGUCGGUACCGGCUCGCCAUUCCUGGUCGUCAGCGCGCUGGGCCCGGAGAAGAGCACGCUGGUGGGGAUGCUGGUCCGGCUGUUCGGGUCUCGGGGCUCGGCGAAUUCCCGGAAGGUGUUCUUGGACCUGGCAGACCGGUCGGCCUCAAGGAAGGGCGACCCGGGGUUGAUCGCCGAGCAGAGCGGGUUUGCGGCAUAUGGCGCGGCCGAUGUCACUGCCUUCACGACGGUGGAAACGUUACGCCUGCUGGUUGGGCAGAAUGUGCCGUACAGCUUUGUCAGGCUGGCCAGUGGCCGGACGUUGUUCUGAGAUGAUGUCAGCCAUCCGUCUCCCCGAGUGUUGUGAGAGCAGUGUAUGAAUUCCAGGACUCGUUGCCUCGUCGGCGAUAUUAAAGGUCAGCACGAGAAGACUUGCUGCCAGGGAGAGCAGCCCAGGGCUGGAGCGUUUGCUCUAACGCAGCUGUUACAGAUCGGCGCGGUCAUCCCGACGAACAACGAAGCGACGAGCACGAGCACCACGUCAGCC